AUGGCGCAGGGAAGAGGCAGUGGCGCCGUGGUCCUGGGGCUCCUCCUGCUCCUCCUCUGCGUGCUCCUCCACGGCCAUGCCGCGCAGGCGGCGGUGUUCACCGUCGGCGACCGCGGUGGCUGGACCUUCAACAGCAACACCUGGACCAACGGCAAGCGCUUCAGGGCCGGCGAUGUCCUAGAAUUAUUUUGA